UGAUUUGCUUGUUGGAUCCGAGGAAACUUUUCCUGCUUGGGGAAGGUGUUUAGCGCUCGGUCGGUGCCUGGAGGGGACUUACUGGACUUCGGGCAGGUUCCGAGCUCUUUGCCGCUCGAGCCAGCGUGCGAGAUGAGCGUAGCCGUGGAAGAAGCUGUCUUGCCGUCCAUUUCCACCUUUGCUGGCCUAGUGCCGGCGGAAGAGAGGCAGCCCGAGAUGGUCCAGAAGCUGCGAGCUCCUCCUCACGUGGACAACCUCAAGCGGGAAGCCGAGGAGCUCUGCCACUACCUGGACUUGGACUUUAUCUUGGCGCACACCACCAACGGGCAGCCCAGCGGGGGGGCGGCCGCCAACCCCAACUACCCCUUGCCCGAGACUCCCGAGAGCUGCGGCACCACCUACGACAGCGACGGCUCCAACUACCAGCCCCCCAACAAGUUCGCCGCGCCCUACACGCCGAGCCCCGGCCACAGCUACAUGGCCGAGCUCUUCACGCCCGAGCCGCAGCAACCAGCAGCGGCGGGCCCGGCCUCUUGCGACCUCCAGCCGCGGGAGUACACGGAGCUCCGCGCCAGGGCCAUGGCCCACCCUCACGUCGCUGGCCCACCUCGCGCCUUGCCGCUGGAGCACCUGCGCGUCAAGCAAGAGCCGAGGGACGGGCCCGCCUGCAUGCUGCGCGGCCCCCCCGACUGCCUGGGGCCCGCCUCUCUGGAUCACAGCGCCCCGCCCCUGCAGCAGCAGCAGCAGGCGGCUCCUCCCCUGGCGCCCCACGCGUCCCCCGCCUUUCCCGCCAAGCCGCUGGGGCCCGCGGUGGGCGACGUCAUGCAGGCGCACAUGGGCGCCCCGCCGCUCUUCGCGCGCCCGCCCCACCCUUUCCCGCCUCACUUCAGCGGGCAGAUGCCGCCCCAGUUCCAUGGACACUUCAGCGUCUUCCGGGAGCCCUUGAGCGCGCAUCACCAGGGCCUCCACGGCCUGCUCGUCACACCGCCCAACUCGCCCGUCUUGGAUUACUUUGCCCCGGUGGCUCCCGAGGGCUGCAAGGCCAAGAGAGGCCGCCGCUCCUGGGCACGGAAGCGCACCGCCACCCACAAUUGCGAGUACCCGGGCUGCGGCAAGACUUACACCAAGAGCUCCCACCUCAAGGCGCACAUGCGGACGCAUACCGGUGAGAAGCCUUAUCACUGUAACUGGGAAGGCUGUGGUUGGAAAUUUGCAAGAUCUGAUGAACUGACACGCCAUUACCGGAAACAUACCGGCCACCGGCCCUUCCAAUGUCAUCUUUGCGAACGUGCCUUCUCCCGAUCGGAUCAUCUUGCUCUGCACAUGAAGAGGCAUAUGUGAAACUUGGCUCAUUUCCAGAGGAGGGAUGUGGUAGGGGUGAAGAAGAGAGGGAUGGGGGGGAAUGUAAAGAGACUGAGAACUCUAUUUAUGAAGGCAUGGAAUAUUUUCUUAUUGGAGUAGCUGAUUUAUGUAUAUAUAAGUGAAAACAUUUAAUAUUUAAAGAAGAAAUCCACAUGGCUCUUCCAUAGCAAUAUGGGAAAGUUUACAUAUUUAAGAGUGAAUAGUUACACAAAUCUGGCUGCAGCAAGGCCCAAGGAGGGAUAUGGGAAACUGCACUGAAGACUUUGCAUGUGGGCAGUAGGAUGGUGGUAGUAUGUCUCUGCCACUCCCUUCCCAAUCUUCAUUCUGCAGACAGCUGUGGUGUAUACAUGAUGUUGACUGUCUUGAGCUGUUUGUAAGAUUUUAUCUUUUGUAUUUUUACUCUAUAGUGAUCUGUUCUUGUAAUGUACAAAGGCUCUGACUUAACUACCUUUUAAUUAGAUAUCCUUAAUAGGAUGAGGGCUAGUGGAAUAUGAUGGAAGUAU